AUUUGUAAAUUUUGUGUUUAAUUGUUGUUAAAUGAAGAAACCUGGUUCUAAAGUUCCAUACCUAGGGGCAGGCUCUGGGAUCACCGUCUCUCAUAUCUUUGACAUUGUUGGCCCUACUAGAGUGGUAUGUGCAGUGGAGUCCUCGCAUGAAAGUGGAAGAGACUUGGUCAACGUGGCAAAGAGGAGAACAAACGUUGUACCUAUCAUAGGGGAUGUUGGGCAUCGAGCCCAGUAUAGAACGCUUGUUGGCAUGGUUGAUGUGAUUUUUUCAGAUAUUUCUUAUCUUAAUCAGGUUUGCCUUUAUGUUCCCUUUUUCUUUUUUCAUAAAAUGUCAACAGUUUGUAUGCAUGUUUCUGCCCUGGAUUGGCCUGCAAGGGUCAAAGAGUCAGGCGCUGGCAAUGUGGGACUUGAAUUAGCCUAGUUGAUUCGCUAGUCAAAUAUCUUUAUUUUUAUACAGACAAAAACAGAUAUGACUUUCCUUUGAGCUCUUAUGUACUUCCCUUGGUUUAGUCUUUCUGUAUGCUUAACAAUUCAUUCUUCUUGCGGUUCUAUUUUUUGUCUCAAGACUGGAAGUAGAUUAACAGUAUAUACUUAGUCAUUAGUUCUUUGCUUUAAUUGGUAGCUUUGAUUUAUCUUGUUAUUGCAUAUGAUGAAUUCCUGCUCGGAUUCACCUUCAAGACUUGAUGGAUGAUGCAAACUUGAGCUUUUGUCCUUCUGAUGCAAAUAACAAGAUUCAUCUCAUACUUGAGCUUCUUAUGCAAAUAACAAGACUCAUCCUAU